CGGAUGCAGGAAUUUUUGCUCCUUAGCUCAGCCAAAAUCCAGGUUCUUGUCUCAUGACCAGGAACAAUUAGGCAUGUGAAUACAUUGAAAGGUGAAGAGUGGCAUUUAUUAGAAGAAAGCUCUCAGCAAAAAAACAAGGAGGGUCCUGCCAACAGGCUCCCAGCUCACAGACUGAAUAACAGGCCAACACACACAAGCUGAAGACGUCUUGCUCCUCCCGGCUGCAUAAGGCUAAAUUCCCUCUGGCUGUACCCCACUCUCCCGGUGCAGGUGGGCCCCCAAGUCCCUUGUGGGCAUGCCCAGACAAGACCCUGGGCAGGUUUCCUCAGCUGCACAAAAGCUUGUGGGGAAGGUCAGAGAUUCUCCAGGGACCCUCCCUUAUCUGCCUCCAGCAUCGAUCAAUACUAUAAAUAAUAAUUCAUUUUAAAUAUAAUGAAGACCAACAAUUAUAAAACUUCCAGAAGGUAACAAAUGAGGAAAUCUUAUAAUCUUGAAUUUAGCAAAAAUGUCUUAAGUAGGACAAAAAAGGUAUGAACUAUGUAAAAGAAAAAAUGGAUAAAUUACAUCCAAAUUUAAAACUUCAGUGCUUCAAAAGACACUUAAAAUGAAGAGGCAAGCCACAGACAGGUAGAAAACAUUUCAAAACGUAUAGCUAAUAAAGAACAUGGUAUGAAACACAUAAAGAACUCAAAUAUAAUAUAUAAAGAACUCUUAGAUAAAAAGUCAAGCUAGCUAAUAAAUAAAUGGUCAAAAGAUUUGAAUACACACUUCACAAAGAAGAGAUCCUCCUGCCUUGGCCUAAAAAAGGGCUGGGGUUACAGGCAGGAGCCCACGCCCAGCCUUGUCAGUUGAUUUUCGGUGACCCUUCAGAGAGCAAAGGGGAAGUUUUCUCCUGUUCCUUACAACCGACAGGCCCAUCAACUGGUGAAUGAAUAAACUGUGGCAUACCCAUAUGAUAGACUACCAUUCAGCAAUAACACAAAGGAAUUACUAAUUAAACACAAUAGUAUGAAUCUCAAAGCAUUGUGCUAAGUUUAAAAAGCCAGACAGCACUUAGAUAUGGUUCCGUAUGUACGCAUUCUAAAAGGCCUAAAGCACAUCACUGUUGCCAGGCACCCGGGAGUACGUAGUGGAGCGGGCGCGAGGCGGGGUGGGAUGGGGGUGGGGGAGCGGUGGCUGACUGCAUAGCUCUGCCCAGUCUUAUUCCGGUUUGAGCCCGGCGCAUAACGCAUUUUUUUUUUCUGAUACGGAGUCUCGCUUUGUGGCCCAGGCUGGAGUGCAGUGGCGCAAUCUCGGCUCACUGCAAACUCCGCCUCCCGGGUUCCCGCCAUUCUCCCACCUCAGCCUCCCGAGUAGCUGGGACUACAGGCGCCCGCCACCACGCCCAGCUAAUUUUGUUUUUGUAUUUUUAGUAGAGACGGGGGUUUCACCGUGUUAGCCAGAAUCGUCUCGAUCGCCUGACCUCGUGAUCCGCCCGCCUCGGCCUCCCUAAGUGCUGGGAUUACAGGCGUGAAUCACCGCGCCCGGCCGCGGCGCACAACGCUUAACAAACUUUGGCUUCCGUUAUCCCUCCCUCUGGAAAUGCGUGUGUCACAGUGCCUCCUAGUGGAACUGCAGCGUUUCCUCGAAAGCCAUUCCGUCCAGGAGUUAAGGCAGCCGCUGCCCGCCCGGGGACACUUUCUCAGUCCAGCCCAUCGGCCUUUACGCCAGCCAACGACCUGUUGCCUUUGGCCGCCUGCCAAGUCACUCUCAUUACAGUUUCCUUUUCCUUUUCGAUUCCGCCCCUUAAAAACAACAACAAACAUUCUGUUUCGUUUCCCCCUCGAGCUGCAGGCCCCGCCCCCAAACAGCACGUGGUGGGCGUGGCGUCCCCGCAGGGGCGCAGUAGCUGAGGCUGCGGUUCCCCGACGCCACGCAGCUGCGCGCAGCUGGUUCCCGCUCUGGCGCGCGACGCCUGAGGCAGUGGGCGCGCUCAGUCCCGGGACAACGCGUUCUCUCCUCUUGCCUCUGGCCCUGGGACCCCGCAAAGCGGCGAUGGAGCGGAGGUCGCGGAGGAAGUCGCGGCGCAACGGGCGCUCGACCGCGGGCCAGGCCGCCGCGUCCCAGCCCGCGAAGUCUCCGGGCGCACAGCUCUGGCUCUUCCCCAGCGCCUCGGGCCUCCACCGCGCGUUGCUCCGGAGGGCCGAGGUGACGCGCCAAAUCUGCUGCUCGCCGGGGCGCCUCGCAGUGUUGGAGCGCGGCGGGGCGGGCGUCCAGGUUCACCAGCUGCUCGCCGGGAGCGGCGGCGCCCGGACGCCGAAAUGCAUUAAAUUAGGAAAAAACAUGAAGAUACAUUCCGUGGACCAAGGAGCAGAGCACAUGCUGAUUCUCUCAUCAGAUGGAAAACCAUUUGAGUAUGACAACUAUAGCAUGAAACAUCUAAGGUUUGAAAGCAUUUUUCAAGAAAAAAAAAUAAUUCAGAUCACAUGUGGAGAUUAUCAUUCUCUUGCACUCUCAAAAGGUGGUGAGCUUUUUGCCUGGGGACAGAACCUGCAUGGGCAGCUUGGAGUUGGAAGGAAAGUUCCCUCAACCACCACACCACAGAUUGUGGAGCACCUCGCAGGAGUACCCUUGGCUCAGAUUUCUGCCGGAGAAGCCCACAGCAUGGCCUUAUCCAUGACUGGCAACAUUUAUUCAUGGGGAAAAAAUGAAUUUGGACAACUAGGCCUGGGCCACACUGAGAGUAAAGAUUAUCCAUCCCUUAUUGAAGCACUAGACAAUCAGAAAGUUGAAUUUCUCGCUUGUGGUGGCUCUCACAGUGCCCUGCUCACACAGGAUGGGCUGCUGUUUACUUUUGGUGCUGGAAAACAUGGGCAACUUGGUCAUAAUUCAACACAGAAUGAGCUAAGACCCUGUUUGGUGGCUGAGCUUGUUGGGAAUAGAGUGACUCAGAUAGCAUGUGGAAGGUGGCACACACUUGCCUAUGUUUCUGAUUUGGGAAAGGUCUUUUCCUUUGGUUCUGGAAAAGACGGACAACUGGGAAAUGGUGGAACACGUGACCAGCUGAUACCGCUUCCAGUAAAAGUAUCAUCAAGUGAAGAACUCAAACUUGAAAGCCAUACCUCAGAAAAGGAGUUAAUACUGAUUGCUGGAGGGAAUCAAAGCAUUUUGCUCUGGAUAAAGAAAGAGAAUUCCUAUGUUAAUCUGAAGAGGACAAUUCCUACACUGAAUGAAGGGACCGUAAAGAGAUGGAUUGCUGAUGUGGAGACUAAACGGUGGCAGAGCACAAAAAGGGAAAUCCAAGAGAUAUUUUCAUCUCCUGCUUGUCUAACUGGAAGUUUUUUAAGGAAAAGAAGAAGUACAGAAAUGAUGCCUGUUUAUUUGGACUUAAAUAAAGCAAGAAACAUCUUCAAGGAGUUAACCCAAAAGGACUGGAUUACUAACAUGAUAACCACCUGCCUCAAAGAUAAUCUGCUCAAAAGACUUCCAUUUCGUUCUCCACCCCAAGAAGCUUUAGAAAUUUUCUUCCUUCUCCCAGAAUGUCCUGUGAUGCAUAUUUCUAACAACUGGGAGAGCCUUGUGGUUACAUUUGCAAAGGUUGUUUGUAAAAUGAGUGACCAGUCUUCACUGGUUCUGGAAGAGUAUUGGGCAACUCUGCAAGAAUCCACUUUCAGCAAACUGGUCCAGAUGUUUAAAACAGCCGUCAUAUGCCAGUUGGAUUACUGGGAUGAAAGUGCUGAGGAGAAUGGUAAUGUUCAAGCUCUCCUAGAAAUGUUGAAGAAGCUGCACAGGGUAAACCAGAUGAAAUGUCAACUACCUGAAAGUAUUUUCCAAGUAGACGAACUCUUGUACCGUCUCAAUUUUUUUGUAGAAGUAUGCAGAAGGUACUUGUGGAAAAUGACUGUGGACACUUCAGAAAAUGUAGAAUGCUGUGUCAUAUUCAGUCACUUUCCAUUUAUCUUUAAUAAUCUAUCGAAAAUUAAACUACUACAUACAGACACACUUUUAAAAAUAGAGGGUAAAAAACAUAAAGCUUAUCUUAGGUCGGCAGCAAUUGAGGAAGAAAGAGAGUCUGAAUUUGCUUUGAGGCCCACGUUUGAUCUAACAGUCAGAAGGAAUCACUUGAUUGAGGAUGUUUUGAAUCAGCUAAGUCAGUUUGAGAAUGAAGACCUGAGGAAAGAGUUAUGGGUUUCAUUUAGUGGAGAAAUUGGGUAUGACCUCGGAGGAGUCAAGAAAGAGUUCUUCUACUGUCUGUUUGAAGAGAUGAUUCAGCCGGAAUAUGGGAUGUUCAUGUAUCCUGAAGGGGCUUCCUGCAUGUGGUUUCCUGUCAAGCCUAAAUUUGAGAAGAAAAGAUACUUCUUUUUUGGGGUUCUAUGUGGACUUUCCCUGUUCAAUUGCAAUGUUGCCAACCUCCCUUUCCCACUGGCACUGUUUAAGAAACUUUUGGACCAAAUACCGUCAUUGGAAGACUUGAAAGAACUCAGUCCUGAUUUGGGAAAGAAUUUGCAAACACUUCUGGAUGAUGAAGGUGAUAACUUUGAAGAAGUAUUUUACAUCCAUUUUAAUGUGCACUGGGACAGAAACGACACAAACUUAAUUCCUAAUGGAAGUAGCGUAAUUGUCAACCAGACUAACAAGAGAGACUAUGUUUCUAAGUAUAUCGAUUACAUUUUCAACGACUCUGUAAAGGCAGUUUAUGAAGAAUUUCGGAGAGGAUUUUAUAAAAUGUGUGACGAAGACAUUAUCAAAUUAUUCCACCCCGAAGAACUGAAGGAUGUGAUUGUUGGGAAUACAGAUUAUGAUUGGAAAACAUUUGAAAAGAAUGCACGUUAUGAACCAGGAUAUAACAGUUCACAUCCCACCAUAGUGAUGUUUUGGAAGGCUUUCCACAAGUUGACUCUGGAAGAAAAGAAAAAAUUCCUUGUAUUUCUUACAGGAACUGACAGACUACAAAUGAAAGAUUUAAAUAAUAUGAAAAUAACAUUUUGCUGUCCUGAAAGUUGGAAUGAAAGAGACCCUAUGAGAGCACUGACAUGUUUCAGUGUCCUCUUCCUCCCUAAAUAUUCUACAAUGGAAACAGUUGAAGAAGCGCUUCAAGAAGCCAUCAACAACAACAGAGGAUUUGGCUGACCAGCUUGCUUGUCCAACAGCCUUAUUUUGUUGUUGUUGUUAUUGUUGUUGUUGUUUCUCUACUUUGUUUUGUUUUAGGCUUUUAGCAGCCUGAAGCCAUGGUUUUUCAUUUCUGUCUCUAGUGAUAAGGAGUAAAGAGGGAUGAAGAAGAGGGUUUACUGGCCAGUUAGAACCCGUGACUGUAUUCUCUCCCUUGGAUAUCCCUAUGCCUACAUCAUAUUCCUUACCUCUUUUGGGAAAUAUUUUUCAAAAAUAAAAUAACUGAAAAAUUAACAUAAAA